AUGGGAGCAGCAAGCAGUGAUACUAAGGGUGGAUUGUCCUUAUCUACUCAUCUGUUAGUUCCCCCAUGGAAAGGAUUGCUGGCAGGGAACAAACUGGUUGCAUCAGGACUGGACAGACUUUGUGUGACUGGCCGCACAAUAAAAGAAAAUUUCAGAACAGGACAGCCCCCCAGUUUUUCAAGGGAGAAAAACGGCGAGUGGCCUCUCCCACAAUGCAUCUCCCUAUUCCUGCCAGAAUUUCCUGUUUGGCCUCCGGCAGGACAGCAGGAGUUAAGGAUAUUAGGAUGUGUUGCUAAAGGAUCCAUUGGGCCAGUGCUGAAAGUUCUGGACAGUACACAAGAGAAGGUGUUUGCACUGAAGGUGCUACCCAAAGGAGAGGUUCUGCGACGUAAUACAGUAAAGCAAUGCAAGGAAGAGGUAACCAUACAGAGGCAGGUCAAGCAUCCUUUUAUUCAGUGCUUAGGGGAAAGCUGGCAGGGACAGCAGCAUCUCUUUAUCAUGUGUUCUUACUGUAGUUUUGGAGACCUCUAUACAUUAUGGACUUCUGUAAAGUGUAUUGAAGAAAACACAGUACGAUUAUUUGCAGCAGAGAUGGUUUCUGUGUUAGUAUAUCUCCAUGAUGUAGGCAUUAUACACCGUGAUGUGAAGAUGGAAAACAUUCUUCUAGAUGAGAGAGGGCAUUUGAAGCUUACCGAUUUUGGCCUUUCACGUCAACUUUCUUUUGGAGAGCGUGCUUAUACCAUUUGUGGAACCCUACAUUAUAUGGCCCCUGAAGUCCUCUCUGGAGGUCCUUACAGCCAUUCAGCUGACUGGUGGUCCCUAGGAGUACUGCUGUUUGCACUCUCUACUGGUGAAUUUCCUGUUGCUUCUGAGAAAGACCAUGUGAGCAUGCUGCAGAAUGUUAACCAGGCAACAUACGAUAUCCCUGAGCACCUGAGCAAAACAUUUUCCAACCUUCUAAAAGAGCUUCUAUGUAGAGAUCCAAGGAGGCGUCUACGUUAUCUCCAUCAGUUUGAGAGCCAUCCUUUUUUUCGAGGUAUGAGUUUUGAUCCUAUAGCACUCCAGAAGUUCAGGAUGGAUCUGGUUGUCAACAUGCGGAAAUCUGAAAGUACAGAUCUGAAAGAUAUUGAUCUAUUUGACUUUUUUGACUGCGACUUAACAAGGAAUUUACCAUUUCCAUGUCCAGGCUAG